GGGAAUGAUAGCACACUCAUAAAUGAAUAGCAAAUUUACCUCCUCAUUACCGUCGAUCGGAGUGGAAAAGACAGAGAAAAGCAAAGACUGCGCGUCCAGGGAUAAUUAAACGCGUUUAUGGCGAGUUUUGUGCGGCCAGAUGAAGCGCCAAAGCCUCAACCGCGUUUAUCGAAAUGGGAGAAAGCAGAUAUUCGAACUGAACGACGUUCCCGAGCGAGUAAACAUGAACUUAUGCGCGAAAAUAUUGCCGACAAACUUCGAUGUCCGCUUUGUUUCUGCCUUCCUUGUGUGGUUAUCGUCUUUAUCUUACUCAUACUCAUCGGAAUCUACGUUGUGCGGCCCUAUGUUCAAGGCAGAGGAUUAGUUUCUACCGAUUGCGUGGUAACUCAUGUAGAGGUUUUUCAAGAGGGUUCCUGUAGUCACCGAACAGAGAAAUUCGGUCCCUGCGUCAAAAUUUUCGUGAUGUACGAUGUUGGCCAAACAGCAAAGUUUGAAGCGGUUCUCAUGGAAAACGAGCAAGCUUUAGUUUACUGCGAAAAGUGUUCUUUUACGUUUGGUAACAGUGACCUGUUCGGAAGGUACAGCUCAUGUGCUUGGAACUCUGAUUUAACCAUGGAGGACUGUGUGCCAACAUACAUCGAGCUGUACGGAACGGUUAACAAUACAUUUUCUUGCUACUAUGAUCCUGAAAAUACGGAGGACGUAGCGCGCAUACUCAAGAUCUCAAGCGCAGAAGCAGUGUGCCUGAUUCUAUUUCCACUUCUGUUUUUGCUGCUAUGGCUUUUGGCUAUUGUCUUCCUCGUCUAUGACAAUCAUCUCCGAAGUGUCGUUGAUGAGCAGAUCAUCCAAGAGAACGUAAAAGCUAACAAGUAUCCUAACAGGGGUGGGGUAAGAAAUGGAGGGACUCUGCCGCUGAGCAAGCAAAAUGGUGGUUUAGACUUGGAUACUUCAACAAUUGGAAGCGUGGAGUCGACUGCGGUCAGCGCCAACGCAACACCACGCACGCGCCGGAGGAGAAAGAAGAAAAUGCCAUGCGCGAGGCAGCAUUAUCAAUUCGACUACCUUGAUGAAGGGAUUUUACUAGAAGAUAAGCCCCUGUCGUAUUCAACCGACCACCCUUAUAGUUACAGCUUUGUGACUGUAGACACUUCGCCUGUGUGUACAUGCAAUCACAACGGAUUUCUAGAGGCAGGGUUUGAUCGACUGCCACAAAGAGAUUUAUACACAAGCUUCACACCAGCAUUUGGUACACCAAACCGAAGCUACCCUUCGCGUUACUCUGGUCGGCCAAGUUGGAGUUUACCAGAGUCCUUUGUAUGAUCUAACACUCUCGUCUCCGGAAGAGUGCUCGUUAGUUUCUGGUUGUUCUUGUUGUUAGCUAGACUAUGAGUAUUCCCUCCUCCCCGCUUGAUCCUUUGCGCGAUUGAUUAGCAACUAUCCUGGCGGUGUGUGGACCUUAAGAUCCAAAACAAACCAACCAAAAGAGCACAAGGAAAAAGACAAAGUCCGUCUAAUAUUUGUCCGAACCUGCAGUUUUAUUUCGAAAUCGAUCAUCCUAGUGAUACGUAGAAAUCGAUAACCGUAUAUGCAAUGUUUGGGAUAACGAGACUGCUAGAAAGAUGGCUGCAAAACGGCGACACUAAUGAAGAUGUCGAAAGAGUUCAAAUGACAAACUAUCUAGAAUACGUUUGAAACGGAAAACCCAUCAUCUAUUUUGACUAAAUGAGGGUAUUUAAGUGAGAAAAAACAAAGAAAUGAUGAAAUAAAAUAUAAACGUUU